UUCUGGGGAGUCAAAAGUUAUAUAUGUGGAUUUUUGACUGUGUCUGGUGUCUGUGCUCCUAAGCACCUCGAUGUUCAAGGGUCAACUGCGUAUGAAAAAUACCUUAAAGGACAGAAAUACUUCUUCAGUAUAAGAAGUUUCUGGAUGUUAGUUGGCAAGAUGAGAUUAAGGCCCUUCUUAUGCCUGGUAACUAUAAAAAAAAACUAGCAAAUGGUAAAAGUAAAAAUUUGAUUUUAUAAUAGUUCAUUGGAAACACUUGUGCUGGGCCCUGGUGUGACCUUUUAUAUUUAAAGUCCUCUUUAAUUAUAUUCAGUUCUUCAUUCAUUCAUUGGUGUAAGAUUUAUGGAAUGCCUCCAAUACUCCAGAUACUCUCUUAGAUUCUUUUUCAUUUAAUUUGUACUAUACCCAUUGAAGUAGGUAUUACCCUCAUUUUAUAUGGAGAAUAUUGAGGGUAAGAGUUCAGUGGACACACAGUCUCUAAGGCUGAACUCUAAUUUUGAAUCUGCAUCUCCUGGUUUGAAUUUUUCUAAAAUCUCAUAUAUUUCUUUGUCAGGGAGUAGAAACACAGAAGAGUAACAACCAAGAAUGACCCACCCAGAGUUUUCAAACACCCAACCUGUGGGAGGCCAGGCUCCAGCAAAGGAAUCCUCCUUUCCUUGUCUGAAUGAGGGAGCCUCAGGUUUACAAGUGCAGAAACUACACCUCUGUUUUCACAGAGCUUGGCUACCAGAGCAUUAUGAAUGUUAACGAUCUCAAACUCAGGUUGUCCAGCUCUGGACAGGAACACCUGCUGCAGUUCUGGAAUGAGCUGGAUGAAGCCCAGCAGGCAGAACUACAUGCAGAGCUCCAGGCCAUGAAUUUUGAGGAGCUGAACUUCUUUUUCCAGAAGGCCAUUGAAAAUUUUAACCAGUCCUCUCAGCAAGAGAAAAUGGAUGCACGAAUGGAGCCUGUCCCUCGAGAGGUGUUGGGCAGUGCCACCAGGGACCAAGAUCGGCUGCAAGCCUGGGAGAGUGAAGGACUUUUCCAGAUUUCUCAGAACAAAGUGGCAGUUCUUCUUCUAGCUGGCGGGCAGGGGACGAGACUCGGUGUUGCGUAUCCCAAGGGGAUGUAUGAUGUUGGUUUGCCAUCUCAUAAGACGCUUUUUCAGAUUCAGGCAGAGCGUAUCCUGAAGCUUCAGCAGUUAGCUGAAAAAUACCACGGCAACAAAUGCAUCAUUCCAUGGUAUAUAAUGACCAGUGGCCGAACAAUGGAAUCUACAAAGGAAUUCUUCACAAAGCACAAGUACUUUGGUUUAAAAAAAGAGAAUGUAAUCUUUUUUCAGCAGGGAAUGCUGCCUGCUAUGAGUUUUGAUGGGAAAAUUAUUUUGGAAGAGAAGAACAAGGUUUCUAUGGCUCCAGAUGGGAAUGGUGGUCUUUAUCGCGCUCUCGCGGCCCAGAAUAUCGUGGAGGACAUGGAGCAGAGAGGCAUUUGGAGCAUUCAUGUCUAUUGUGUUGACAACAUCCUAGUAAAAGUGGCAGACCCACGGUUCAUUGGCUUUUGCAUUCAGAAAGGAGCAGACUGCGGUGCGAAGGUGGUGGAGAAAACGAACCCGACGGAGCCGGUGGGAGUGGUUUGCCGAGUGGAUGGCGUCUACCAGGUGGUGGAGUACAGUGAGAUCUCCCUGGCAACGGCUCAGAGACGAGGCUCCGACGGACGCCUGCUCUUCAACGCGGGGAACAUCGCCAACCAUUUCUUCACUGUGCCGUUUCUGAGAGAUGUUGUCAAUAUUUAUGAACCUCAGUUGCAGCACCAUGUGGCUCAAAAGAAGAUUCCAUAUGUGGAUUCCCAGGGGCAGUUAAUUAAGCCAGACAAGCCAAACGGAAUAAAGAUGGAAAAAUUUGUCUUUGACAUCUUCCAGUUUGCAAAGAAGUUUGUGGUGUAUGAAGUGCUACGAGAAGAUGAGUUUUCCCCACUCAAGAAUGCAGACAGUCAGAACGGGAAGGACAAUCCUACCACUGCAAGGCAUGCUUUGUUGUCCCUUCAUCACUGCUGGGUCCUCAACGCAGGGGGCCACUUCAUCGAUGAAAAUGGCUCUCGCCUCCCAGCCAUUCCCCGCAGUGCUACAAAUGGAAAGUCAGAGACCAUCACAGCUGAUGUCAAUCUCAACUUGAAGGAUGCCAAUGAUGUACCAAUUCAGUGUGAAAUCUCCCCACUUAUCUCCUAUGCUGGAGAGGGAAUAGAAAGCUAUGUGGCAGAUAAAGAAUUCCAUGCACCUUUAAUCAUUGAUGAGAAUGGAGUCCACGAGCUGGUGAAGAAUGGUAUAUGAACCAGAAACCAAGUUCACCACAGUAAGAAUAGCUUUUAUUUUUGAUAGACCAACUGUGAACCUCAGGACCUCUCCUGCAAUACUCGUGUUUGAAUAGCCACAGGGUUUCACCUUGCUUGUUGAACUCUUAGAACUACUCCAUACUCCCUAAGAUCCAGAUGACCGAGCUUCAGAAGGCAUUUUUAUGAUUCUUAACUCAUUGAAGGUCUUAUUUAUAUUUUUUAAUUGUAUGAUUUUUUUUUCCAAGCCAAGGAAAACAUUGGCCAUCCAGGAAAUUUCCUACAGCUUGGGUAUAGUCAAGGUGUUCAACAUCACCGUACUUAGAGCUGGAAACAUUUGUUUUUGAAGUUGUACAUAGUAAUAAUAUGUCCUCGUUUGUGUGUGUCGAAAGGUUUCUAUGGUACUAAAAGUUUGUUUUAUUUUAUCAGAAAUUAAAUUUUUUUAAGAAAAUAAUUGGAUGGUAAAAUAAACGUUUCUUCUUGUC